CAGUUGGCUACAGUUGUUGCAACUUUUUUCGAAACCUCGGUUUCCCGGGAGAUCCCAGGCGGUGACAGAGCCGGGCCAUGGCGAGAGGCAGGAAGAUGUCCAAGCCCCGCGCGGUGGAGGCGGCGGCGGCGGCGGCGGCGGUGGCAGCGACGGCCCCGGGCCCGGAGAUGGUGGAGCGGAGGGGCCCGGGGAGGCCCCGCACCGACGGGGAGAACGUGUUUGCCGGGCAGUCAAAGAUCUAUUCCUACAUGAGCCCAAACAAAUGUUCUGGAAUGCGUUCCCCCCUUCAGGAAGAGAACUCAGUUGCACAUCAUGAAGUCAAAUGCCAGGGGAAACCAUUAGCCGGGAUCUACAGGAAACGAGAAGAGAAAAGAAAUGCUGGGAACGCGAUACGAAGCACCGUGAAGUCUGAGGAACAGAAGCUCAAAGACGCCAGGAGAGGUCCCCUGGCACCUUUUCCAAACCAAAAAUCUGAAGCAGCAGAACCUCCAAAAACCCCAACCUCGUCUUGUGAUUCUACCAAUGCAGCCAUUGCCAAGCAAGCCCUGAAAAAGCCUCUCAAGGGCAAACAGGCUCCUCGGAAAAAAGCUCAAGGGAAAACGCAACAGAAUCGCAAACUCACAGACUUCUACCCAGUCCGGAGGAGCUCCAGGAAGAGCAAAGCGGAGUUGCAGUCAGAAGAAAGGAAGAGAAUCGAUGAGUUGAUCGAGAGUGGGAAGGAGGACGGCAUGAAGAUCGACCUCAUCGACGGCAAAGGCAGGGGUGUGAUCGCCACCAAGCAGUUCUCCCGGGGCGACUUCGUGGUGGAGUACCACGGGGACCUCAUCGAGAUCACCGAUGCCAAGAAGCGCGAGGCUCUGUACGCACAAGACCCCUCCACGGGCUGCUACAUGUACUACUUUCAGUAUCUCAGCAAAACCUACUGCGUGGACGCCACCAGGGAGACGAACCGCCUGGGCCGGCUGAUCAACCACAGCAAGUGCGGGAACUGCCAGACCAAGCUGCACGACAUCGACGGGGUGCCGCACCUCAUCCUCAUCGCCUCCCGAGACAUCGCAGCCGGGGAGGAGCUGCUGUACGACUACGGCGACCGCAGCAAGGCGUCCAUCGAGGCCUACCCCUGGCUGAAGCAUUGACCACAGCCGCCACCGCCCCUCCAGGACAGAGUGCCCUCAAAGGGAAAUGGGGUGUUUUGGGUUUUGGUUUUGGUUUUGGUUUUUUUUACACACUUACUCUUAGCAGAUUACUUCAGAUGUUUUUUAAAAAGUAUAUUAAGAUGCCUUUUCACUGUAGUAUUUAAAUAUCUGUUACAGGUUUCCAAGGUGGACUUGAACAGAUGGCCUUAUAUUACCAAAACUUUUAUAUCCUAGUUGAUUUUGUACCUUUUUUGCAUACAAGCCGAACGUUUGUGCUUCCGUGCAUGCAGUCAAAGACUCAGCACAGGUUUUAGAGGAAAGAGUGGAACAUGAACUAGGAAGCCGGGUGAGAGCCUCCUGCCUCAGCCUCAGAGCCAGGACCCCCGCCCCACCCCACCCUGAGGACAGGCGGGGCCAGGGGACCUUGCUGCCCCACAGCCUGCCCAGGGUGUCCCCAAGCUCUUGCUCCCCUCACGUCCGACAGGCUCACCAUGAAGCAUGUGAAUCUUUUUUAAAAGAAGGGUUCACAGUAAGCUCGUCUUCCCCUCUGCUUUCUUGAAAGCUUCCUGGGCCCGAGCGUGCGGGCCAGGCAUGAAGUCGCUCUUCCAUAGACUGCUGCUUUUCGGGGUUCCCCAGGGGACUGGGGGACUCACGCCAGAGGCCGGCAGGGCUGCCCAAAUCUGGGUGCAUUCUUUAUAGAAAUGUGAACACUGAAUUUAUUUUAAAAAAUAAUAAUAAAAUCUCAAAAAAAUUUUAAAAAAAGAAAAAAGGAAAAAAAAAAAAACCCACAGAAAACAACUUACUUGCCGGGCAUGGUGGCGCAUGCCUGUGAUCCCAGCACUCGGGAGGCUGAGGCAGGAGGAUCGCUGUGAGUUCUAGGCCAGCCUGAGCUACAGAGCAAGACCCUGUCUCAAAAAAAAAAAAAAAAAAGAAGCAACUUACUUGUAUAUAGGUCUUCAAAUGAGUGAAGUGGCUGCAUUUUUGGUUUUGUUUUAGGGGCUUGGGCUUUUGUUUGGUUUAUGUAGGAGAGAUUUGAGAUGGUUCUCUAUUCUAAUCAAAAAUAAAGUUUGGUAGUGGGACCAGAAAUGACUCCUGCUCCCACCUGCCUGGCGCUGCUGGGUUGAAAGUUCCAGACCUGCUGUCUGGACCUUGUUAGACCACCUGGUGCCCUCGCUGUGAGGACAGGAGUUGAGGUGGGACAGGCAGCCAGGAUGAGGCUGGGGUCUCGCCUCAGAGGUGACAGCAGGAGCAGGUGGCUUCCAAUUCUCACUCCACCAUGGCUCUGGGUCCCUGACUCCUGCCCUGCCACCUCGGGCCUCCCUCAGGCCGGUGCUACCCAGAAAGUCUUCCCCACCCCAGCCUGGUCCUCGAAUCCAGGAUCCGCCGGGAGCAUGUUGAUGGGAGAGAAAAUGUCUUGGUUGUACCUAUUUGUGGUUUCGCUUUGUAUUUAACCAAGCAAACAAAAACAGGAAAUGAACUUGAAAAUUAUUUGUCAUCAUAAAAAUGAAACAAUAAUUAAAAUAUUUAUUGCCAGGCAA